GAUUGGGGAAAUCCCCAGCUGUCUCUAUAUAUACCGUAACAAAUCUGUUCACAUAAAACAACAUUGCUUAUUUUUAUGGUAAGCUCACUCCAAUAUUGAAAAGAUGAUGUUUUUCAUUCUUGUACUGUUCCUUAUGUCAAUAACCCAAGCCAGGACGGCUUCCUUGUUAACCGGUUCUAACGAUAAAAACACUACGGCUUUGAACAACAAUAAACAGGACGUAAAGGAAAUCGAUGUUCUGCGACAGCUCAUAAACCAGGAGACUCUCAUCCGGGUAUCUCUUGUCAAUGACGUCAGGGCAGCUGUGGAUGACGUAACCUAUGUGAAACGAAGCAUGACGUCAACAGAAACCACGGUCUCCUCCCUACAGCAGACACUAAAUGGAUUGAAAGUUCAGGUCGAUUUUUUAACACAGGAUAAGAAUUUAGCGGAGAAAGCAGAAACAUUACAAAGGGAAGUUAAUACUGUUAGUAGGCAGAACCAGAUUUUGAUACGGAAGAUAGAAAACUUGGAAAAACAGGUUGAAAUAAACAAUACCAACUCUUUACAGCAGAUUGUAGAAACAUUACAAACACAAGUUGAUUCUUUAAACAGAGAACAGAGGAGAAAAAUCAAGAAGAUUGCAAUAAAUUGUAAGAACAAAAUUGAAGAAGCUAAGCAGAAGUUUAAUAGAAACAUCGCAGAGAUUUACGAGCUUCUAAACAACAGAACAUUGGAAACAGUUACUAAAGAUUCAAAAAUAAUCAAGGAUUGUAAGGAUCACUUUCUACAAGGUCAUAAACAAUCUGGUGUAUACAGUAUAAACCCCUUUAGUAAUGAGACUCGGGUACACGUGUACUGUGAUAUGGAGACAGAAGGCGGAGGGUGGACUGCAAUCCAGAAAAGGGUCAGUGGAUCCGUGAGUUUUAACAGAACGUGGGCGGAGUACAAGAAUGGAUUUGGUAACGCUAGUGACUCUUACUGGAUUGGAAAUGACGUCAUUCAUCAGCUUACCAAGGGAAGAAACUCAUCCCUAUACGUCUUUAUAACAUUGAAAAAUGGCACAACUUUAUACGAACUCUAUCAUCAGUUUUCUGUGUCUGAUGAAACGGACAAGUACAGACUUUUUCUUGGAGGACCAGCUACCGGCACUUUGGGUGACGCUAUGUUAGACACUGGUCAUUCUCAGUGGGAUCUUUCUGGAAUGUACUUCUCCACCCCGGACAGACAAAAUGACAGGAAUGUUUAUAUAAACUGUGCUGGUGUCUUGGGAGUAGGAUGGUGGUUAAACUCUUGUUUCCAAACCUUUCUUAACGGUCCCUGGUCCCCGGAGUUCUGGUUUCUUCCUUGGCCGCCUACUAUAUUGAGUGGGACAUCAGUGAUGGGGACCACGAUGAUGAUCAGGCGUCACUAGAUGCAGAUUAAUGAAGAAUGGAAAGGGAUAAUUCAUUCAAUAGAAUAUUAUUAUGACGAGAUAAUGACAAAGCUAUGGAUGAUUAAAUAUUAUACCAUUAUAAAGCGUCAAUUAUAAGCAAAGUUCAUAAAAUAGACAUUGUUAUUUCAUUUCAUAAAGUAGCUAUUUUAUAUAUAUUUGUAUUCUAUUGAUUUCUAGUUUUAAUAAAUAUUUCUGAACAAGAUA